GGCGGGGGGAGCGGAGAGGAGCGGAGCGGAGCCGCCGCUGCUGCUGCUGCUGAGGCUGCUGCUGCUGCUGCUGCCGGGCCCCAGCCAUGUGCCAGGCAGAGAAGGUGCCUGCUGCCUGCUCCGCACCCUCGGCUGCCUCCCUCCGCUGUCCUUCCCCGUGAUUAUCUCCGUUAUUUUCAUUGCUUUCAGUCAUUAAUCGUUUUUUUCUCCUCGGUUUCGAGCCGCUGUGAGGUUUAAUUCAUUUAAUUCAUUCCUUUCUGGUGGUGUUUUCUCUUUUUUUUUGGGGGGGGGGGGAAGGCAUUGAUGCUCUCCCAGCUGGAGACUUGGGGAGACACCAUCCUGACCUGGGAGCUCCAGCACGAUUCCCCAGUUUGAAGGACCACGCAACUGCUGAGCCUGGGGCUGAAGCUGUCCUCUCUUGGUUACCUAUGUGAACAUCUGCCCUGGAGCCAUGCCCCUGAGACAAAGCUUUGUUCCUAUCUCACAUCCUGACCCCGAAGGACAUAGAAACCUCUUCUCAUUCCAUCCAGGCUGUUAAUGGAGAGGAGGGCGGAUGACAGCCGGGACCGUGGUCAUCACAGGUGGAAUAUUAGCAACUGUCAUCUUGCUUUGUAUCAUCGCUGUCCUCUGCUACUGUAGGCUCCAGUACUACUGCUGCAAGAAGGAUGAGUCCGAGGAGGAUGAGGAGGAGCCCGACUUCGCCGUGCACUCCCACAUCCCUCCGCUGCACUGCAACCGCAACGUAGUGCUGACCAACGGCCCCUCCCUCUACACCUCCUCCCCCUUCGCCAAGAAGCCCACCCCCAGCCGCCAGAGCUGCCCCAGCUGCACCCCCUACGAGCCCCCAACCUUCUUCCUGCAAGAGCCUCCCGAGGAGCUGCACAACGGCGGGGACCGAGUGAGCUUCCAGCCGGCGAGCCCGGAGGAGCUGGAGCUGCCGGUGAGCGUCGGCAACCUGCAGGCGCUCAACCCCAACCGGCUCUCGGCCAUGCGGGAAGCCUUCUCCCGCUCCCGCAGCAUCAGCACCGAUGUCUGAGCUCGGCACCUCGCAGCUCCCCCGCCGCUGCGGGGGGUGCGGGCUCUAACCGGUGAGCAGAACGCUCGGACAGGCGUGGGAGAAGCAGAAAAGCCCCGGAGUGGGCUGAAGGUAGAGAGCUGAGCUGAGGUUUUUUUGCCUUUUCUAACGUGGGGCUGAGUCCUUUUCUGCGGCGUGAGAGCCUCUCCUCCACGUCCUGCUGGAGCAGCCGGGGAUGACAAGCAGCUAAUCCCAGCCUCCCAGCAUCCCAGCACGGUGGGAAGUUGAAAUGGACCUCUGAAGAUCAAUCCAGUCCAUCCCUCUCAUGCCCAAGCAGGGCACCCACAGCAGCUUGCCCAGCAGCACAAUGCCCAGCUGGGGCUGGAAGCUCUCCACACAAGGAGACUCCACAGCCUCUCUGGGCAGCCUGCUCCAGGCCUCCAGCACCCUCACACCAAAAAGGUUUCUCCUCCUGGUCAGCUGGAACCUCCUGGGUUCCAGUUUGUGCCCACUGCCUCUUGUCCUGUCCCUGGGCACCGCUGAGCAGAGCCUGGCCCCAGCCUCUUGCCCCCCACCCUUUAGCUCUUGAUAAGAAGUGCUGUGGCACACUCAGCUGCCUGCCAAGUGGCUCAUGCUGGGUGUCUGCUGCUGCAUGGUGGGGCCAGGCUGCAGCUGAUAGCUCCUGGGCCUAGUUUGCAAUGUGCACACACUCCCCCCCCCACCCCACUCACCCCUCACACUCCCCACACCAUGGUCCCAUAGCACCCACAGCAAAGCAGGGCUGCUGUUGCCCACCCCUCUGGCACUCUCCUCAUCCCGUAGCCCUGUGUGUGCACAUCCCUGCCCUCCCUCCCAGCCACCUCACUCCUCACAUUGGCCAUUCACUCCUGGGUGACCCCCACCGUGGCUAGGCUGGAGCAUGGCUGCAGAGCCUGGCCGUGGAGCCCACCUGCUGGAGCAGGGCUGGCAGGUUUGCACAGCCUGGCUGUGGGAAGGACACACAGAGCACAGCUUGGGCUGGAGCAGUGCACCCAGUCCCCGGCUCAGCAGUCAGCACCCUGCUCCAAAUAAUGCCACAUGUGCCCUCUGGCUGAGGCUUGUGCCAUGUGUGUGCCCACCCUGCCCUGCAUGCACCUUUUUUUUUCCAUGCAUUUAAGCUUUUUCUCCUUUAAACCACCCCCCCACCUCCUGCCACGACACUUCCCCCUCCUUCAGGAACGGGGCAGAACAUUUUUUGGGCUCAGGCCAAGCCUCUUUUGGUCGUUUUGCAUUUUGGAGCCAUUUCCCACAGCUGGACACCAGCUCCAUCAGCCCCACAGUGGGCACCACACACCCCCACACAGAGAGACCCUGCCCUGAAGGACCUGUUUGGCUCAUCCAGCCCUUGGAGAGGCAGAAUCACAGGGUGUGGAUGUGAGGACUCUCUGGUGUCUCCUGGCUGGCUCAGUUCCUCCUCUCUGACUCCCACUUUGUCCUGCAAAGCCUCCCCUCUCUCUCUCCCCCACGUCCUGCAUCAUUCAGGUUAACAGCAUCGUGCUGGAGUUGGGGACUCGACUGGUUGCAGAGAGCCUCAGGGCUGUGCUCUGGGUCAGUUCUCCUUUCUCAAGGACGUGGGAAGCAGCAGCAGCUCCCCCCCACCCCCCUCACCCCCUUUUCCCCCCUCCCAGCUCCCCAGGACUGUCCACAGCCCGGUUGGAUGUUUGCCUCCUGACCAUGAGGGCUUUGAACCCCACAGGAACCCUUUUGAAGUCCAAGUCAAGUCUUUGCAAAUGAGUAUCUUUGAUUUUCGGGGGGUGGGGUUGGCUGGGGUGGGGGUGGGGAGGGGGACUGGGGCUGGUUUCAUACCUGUUUAAUACUCUGGGCUGGGUCUCUGUGGGGCUGUGUCUAGGAGCACCAUGGCCCUGCUCCAGGGGCACAGCAGCCGCUCAGGCUUUGCUCCUCUGUACAGUUCUCACCGGGGUUUCUUCCCACGCGUCAAACCCUCCUCUUUGCCGUCCUUGUGACCUUCUCUCCCCAGGGGCCUGCCCUCUCGCCUUGCCUUUUCAUUGCCCUCUCUCCUUUCCUUUUUUCCCCCUUCUCCUUUCCUUUUCCCCCCUCUCUCCUUUCCUUUCCCCCCCCUCUCUCCUUUCCUUUUCCCCCCUCUCUCCUUUCCUUUUCUUCCCUCUCUCCUUUCCUUUUUUCCCCUCUCUCCUUUCCCCUUUCCUUUCCCCUUUCCUUUCCCCUUUCCUUUCCCCUUUCCUUUCCCCUUUCCUUUCCCCUUUCCUUUCCCCUUUCCUUUCCCUUUCCUUUCCCUUUCCUUUCCCUUUCCUUUCCCUUUCCUUUCCCUUUCCUUUCCCUUUCCUUUCCCUUUCCUUUCCCUUUCCUUUCCCUUUCCUUUCCCUUUCCUUUCCCUUUCCUUUCCCUUUCCUUUCCUCCUUUCAUUUUCCCCUCCUCUCUCCUUCCCCCCCUUUCCUUUCCCUCUCUCUCCUUUCCUUUCCCUUCUCUCCCCUUCCCUUUUUCUCACCCUCUCUCCUUUCCUUUUUACCCCCUCUCUCCUUUCCUUUUUUCCCUCCUCUCUGCUUUCCUUCCCUCCUCCCUUUCCUUUUUCUCCCCCCUCUCCUUUCCUUUUUCCCCUCCUCUCUCCUUCCCUCCCCCCUUUCCGUUUUCCUCUUUCCUUUCCCUUUCCUCCCCUUCUCCUGUCCUUCCCCCCCUCUCCUUUUUCUCCCCCCUUUCCUUUCCCUCACCUUUUUCCCCCCUACUUUCCUUCCCCCCUUUCCUUUCCUUCCCCCCUUUCCUUCCCUUUCUCCCUCUCUCCUUCCCUUUCUCCCUCUCUCCUUCCCUUUCUCCCUCUCUCCUUCCCUUUCUCCCUCUCUCCUUCCCUUUUCUUCCCUGUCUCUUUCCCCAUUUUCCCCCCGUCUCCUUUCCUGCCUUAGCUUGGAAACUAAGCAGAUGGUUUGCUUCUCCCUGCCCUUCACCUGGUGGUCUCUUGUACAGGACUUGGGCAAUCACAGGGAGGGGGGAAGCCAAAAAAGGAAAUAAACUCCUUUGAGGUGGGUU